AUGGCUUCUACGACGUCGUAUUGGUGCUACCAGUGCACCGUAACCAUUUCUCUCGCCUCCGAUGGCCCUGUCGUCUGCCCCCACUGCCACGGCGGAUUCGUACAAGCCGUGGACCCUUCGGAUUUCUCCCCGCGCCCGUUUGCUGGCCGCCGACGCCACCGCCGGCGGAACGAUUCCUCCUUCAAUCCCGUAAUCGCUCUUCGCCCGCCAGCCGGCGGCGCCGCCCAGAGGACCUUCGAUUUGUACUACGACGGCGGAUCGGGCCAGGGUCUACGCCCCCUUCCUCCCGCCAUGUCCGAGACCCUGCUUGGAUCCGGAUUCGAUCUGAUGCUCGACCGCCUCUCGCAGAUCGGGUUCAGUCUCUGGGCCCAGCCGGAGAAUCCCCCGGCCAGCAAGAGCGCCGUCGCGUCGCUGCCGGCGGUGCGGAUCUCGGCCGGCCAGGUGGACGCCGACUCGCGGUGCGCCGUGUGCACGGAAGCCUUCGCGCUCGGGUCGGAGGCCCGCGAGAUGCCCUGCAAGCACAUCUACCACCCGGACUGCAUCCUCCCGUGGCUCAACCUCCACAGCUCGGUCGGAGGGCAGGAUGGUCAUUUUGACUGCUUUUGA